AUGUCAGUAACAGUCAAAGAAAAGCAUGACCUUGUACAAUGCCAAGAAACAGGCAGACAGAUUGUAAACCAUAAAUUCACGCCAUGCCACAGUUCACCUUGUUCGAACGGGGGAAAAUGUAUACCAGCUGGAAGUAGUUUUGUUUGUUCCUGUCCAAAUGGGUACUUUGGAAGUCAAUUUCAAGGAACACCAUGCCACAGUUCACCUUGUUUGAAUGGAGGAACAUGCAAGUCGACUGGUAGUAGUUUUGACUGUUCCUGUCCAACUGGAUACUGUGGAAAACAAUUUCAAAGUUUGUAUGAUUAA